AUGGACGACGAUCCUAUGGAUGUAGACUCACCAGUCUCUCCGGCUCAAGCUGAGCAGCCAAUGCAGACGGCCGCACCUAUCCCGCCAAUGUCUUUGGCGAUUUUGCGCUGCAACCCUCAGCCGAACAUACCCUACAUCCCUUUGGGUAAUCUGCGCCGCGACCCCUUGCCGAACAUUCCCUACGCAAAGACGAAGAAACCUAAAGACCAAUCGAAGAAAAUCCACGAUGCUAUCAAAUCUGCUCACUCUGUUUUGUCGCCCAUCUACUUCAUCGCCGCUGAGCCAACGCGCUGGACCAGUCAAUGCGACGACUUCAUCCGCAACAAGUCAUUUGACGGUCUACAAGGUCGACCUUUACUUCACUAUCCCAGUCUCACAUUUCUCCACAAUGAGGCAGAUGUCGGCCGCGCUAUUGAAUCAUUUAUCCAUUGCCCAAUUGCUUUGACCCUAGCACAUGGACAUGAACCGGGUACCUUCAGCAUACAAUCCUGCGCUCAGUCGUACCACCAUGUCAGCCUGGAAGCCGACAAACUUCCUGGAGAGCCUGAUUCGUUGACGCUCUAUCCAGACUGGCAGGCUACCAUCGAGGCCAUUCUUCCCGAUGGAACAAUGAACAGAGCGACCGUGAUCGUGGAAUACAAGGACACGGGUGUAUGCCCCGUUGAAUGGCUGAAGAUGGGCAUCAAGAAAUCGGAACAAGAUAUGAAGGCGGAAGAGGAGGCAUUGCAACUCUUGAAAAAGAAGAAGCAGAGUCUGAUGGAAGAGCUUGUCAUGGACAACCCGUCAUCGCCUCUCGCAACCAGUGCUGAACAGUUGUUCAGCGGCAUCUCAGACACCGACUUAUGCCGACAAGCAACGGAGCCACAGCCCAACAGCAUGGGAACGACACUGGGACUUGGUUUACUCAGUGGCUUCCAAAUGGAUGUCAAAGAGGUCAAUGCCCAACUCACGGCAUACAUCCUGAUGUGCCAAACGCCUUGGGUCAUUCUUACAGACUUCAUCACCGCAACCAUCUUCCACUACCAUCAGUUGGAGAGACAGCCUACGCCAAAGGAACAACUAAGAAUGGGUCCUGGAAAAGAAGUCACCGUUCUUGUCAUCGAAGACCAGAGCGAAAUCAUUCCCAACAUCCUUGGAGUGUUUUGUGAAGCUGAGAGGACCGCAUGGUAA